AAUAGAAGCGAUUACCGAUUAUUUGCUUGUCGCGUUACUAGUGCUAAUAACAUAAAAUAUAAAACAGCUGGGUAAAGAAUAAAGUUUUAAUUUUUUUCAAAGAAAAGUAACAAACAGAAAUGAAAACUAAUAUUUUUGCAUUAUUUUUAAUUAUUACAAUCUGUGUGGCAGGAACUCAGGCGGCCACUAAGAAUUCAUUUUUUGGCAGUGUCUACAAACUUUUUGAUUUCUUACAAAAGGAUAGUUCCAAUAAUGCCAGCAAUACCACAAAAUCCGUUGAAGAAAUGACCGUAGACGAAUUGGGUGUCUCCAGAGGUCAGUGUUUAUAUAGUUUUUUGCAUUACAUCAGCUAUAAGGACUCGCAACAAUGCCACAUGGAUGAUGAGUAUAUAUUACACCUACUACCCUCAACAACUGCCUCGGAAAGUCCACGCAAACCACCUAUAAUGGUUAAAUGUCUGCCGGAGCAUCCAUCCAUAGUUAAUGGCACCAAUAAGUUUCGUGUUAUGGAAAGUGUACAGGAAAUUGUGGAUUUACUUAAGCCCAUAGGCAAUAAUACCAAACGUUAUCAGCCUGGUAGCUGUGUUUUGGUAUUUUUCUAUACUCCCAGCUGUUUCACUUGCUCCUUGGUGGCCAUUCCCAUAAAUGAUUUACCGUAUGCUUUCAAAACCAUACCGGUGGCAGCCAUAGAUGCUUACAAAUUUCCCAGUUUUAAUACAGAAUUUGGUAUAGUGGCUUUACCUACACUUAUGCUGUUCCAUCAAGGCAGACCAGUGGUUAAGUACCGUGCUCAAGGUAAUCUCAAUACCUUUGUUACCCGCCAUACAGGACUUAAACCAGCCGAAGUGCCUAAGCAUGGCAAUCCCUCACCAUUACCCUUGAAAGUACAACAUCACACAGAUUAUGUACUUAUAUUGGCUUGGCUGUUUAUUUUUUGCUGUGCUGGUUUUUAUUUCUCCAAAUCACAGUUAUUUAAACAAAUUGUGGAAAUGAUUAAACGUAACUGGAGAGAAUCUGAAGCCCAGCUGGAACAUUGAGUUUUGGAGUUUGCGGUUAUUAGUUAAGGACUAGAUUGGAAGUAAAGUAUAAGGUUAAACUGAUUGUAGGAUAUACAAGCAAAAACGCAUAGAAGAGCAGCAAAAUUAUAAUAAAAUUAUGAUUCACAUCAUCUUUAGUCGAGUAAUAAAUGCCGUUGGGGGUAUUUCUGCUAACAAAGCCAAAAAGCAGCACAUGCGUCAGCUUAUCAAAAGUUCAACGAGUGUAUAAACAAAUCCAUUUCUGGAGGAACCGUGUAAUUCAGCCAGAAUUUUACGGCAGUAAUCGAAAAUCAUUAUUUUUUAUUAUUGUUAUAUUGUAUACAACAUGUUUUGUAAAAUUAGUUUUAAAAUUAUGCACAUAUUUAUAUAAUUAUGUUAAUAGUAUGUUCUAGUACUAUUCAGAUUUGCCAGUUUAUUAUUCAGUUCCGAAAGGUUGUACUGUAUGCACCGCAAAUCUGAAUAGUACUGGAAAAUAUCAUUAUAAAACAAAAAUUUAUACCAAUGCAACAAUAAUGUACAGCAUCUGUUCCAAAAAACGUAAUAAUUGUUGAAAAAUAUCAAAUAUCACACAAUAGUAGUUGCUGGAACAAAUUCAUCGUAUCAAUUUCAUUGUAUUUUUCAUAAAAUGUAUGAAUAAAUUAGGAAAAAUUCAUUUCUCCAUUAAAUUGCACAAAA